GGGUGCCACAGUGCCCAGCACUGGUGUGAUCCCAUCAGAGAAACACCUGGCUUGGUAUUAAUUGGGAUCACAUGGGAGGAGAGAUGGAUCCCAGAGAGGAAAUGGGGUGGGAUCCAGGGACGAGAGGGGCUGGGAUCCCAGAGAGGAGAGGAGAUGGAUCCUAGAGAGGAAAGGGGGUGGCAUCCAGGGAGAAAAGGAGAUGGAUGCCAGAGAGGAAGAGGAGCUGGGAUUCAGGAGGAAAUACAGGGAAAAGAGGGUCUGAAUCCCAAGGAGAAAAGGAGCUGGGAUUCAGGGAGGAAAGGGGAUGGAUCCCAGGGAGGAAAGGGGGUGGCAUUCAGGGAGGAGAGGAGGUGGAUCCCAGAGAGGAAGAGGAGCUGGGAUUCAGGAGAGGGGAUCCCAGAGACGAAAAGGAGCUGGGAUUGAGGAGGAAAGGAGAUGGAUCCUAGAGAGGAAAGGGGGUGGCAUCCAGGGAGAUGGAUCCCAGAGAGGAAGAGGAGCUGGGAUUCAGAAGGAAAUACAGGGAGAAGAGGGUCUGAAUGCCAGGGAGAAAAGGAGCUGGGAUCCAGGGAGGAGAGGAGAUGGAUCCCAGAGUGGAAGAGGAGCUGGGAUCCAGGGAGGAGAGGAGAUGGAUCCCAGAGAGGAAGAGGAGCUGGGAUUCAGGAGAUACAGGGAGAAGAGGGUCUGAAUGCCAGGGAGAAAAGGAGCUGGACUACAGGGAGCAGAGUCCUGGCUGCUGGGGUGGGACAGGGGCAGCAGAGGACACGGGCAGACCCAGAGCAGGUCCCCAGGCUCACGGCACAUCUCUGUCACAGGCGCCACUCGUACCGGACUGGGCAGGACAUCGCCAACUGCGGGACCUGCCGGGACUGUGCCUGCAUCAUCUACAGCGUGGAGCACGAUUUCCGCCAGCAGGAAGGUCGCUUCCAGCGGGUGCUGAGCCACAUCGAGGGCGACGCGGGGCCGAGCUCCCCCCCGACGGCGCUGGGGGCGGCGGGGGUGGCGCUGGGGGCGGCGGGGACCCCCUCCCCGCCCAGGCAGGAGCCGUCGCCCGUGUCGAGGCUGCCGGCAAAGCUGGACGUGAAGAAAUCGCGGCGCAAAUGCUUCUGGUUCCUGUGAGCCCGGAGCGCGGGGGCGCCGGCCCAGCACUGAGCCCCUGCCCACCUCUCCUCCCUCCCUCCCUCCCUCGGUAGGGUUUGGGUAGCACCAGCUUUUCUAUUUUUAAUCAUUCCGUUGAACGCGGGGAGCUCGGGGGUGUAGGAACGGCGAGGGGAGCAGCGGCUGUAUUUAAGGAGAAUUCAAUAAAUUCCAAGGAGACGCUA